GGUGCUGUUGAAAUUAUUAUAGAGGAUGUACUUUGUCCAACUUUUAGUGAAGAAUACAUAACCGAGCCAGAUGUUUAUAUAGAUGUUAACAACCAAAUUUUUACUCAUUUUCAAAUACUAGGAGCAUCGAUGGGUGAAUAUGUCGUACAAACUGGACUCGAAGUACAAAUGAAGUUGUGUGAAAUACUCGAUGAACCUAUUAUAAUGGGUCCCAUUUUACACUUGCUUGGAUUUGUCGAGACCGAUUGUCCACCAUCUCCUGGGGUUUAUGGAAAUCAAGGCUGUAGCAUACCAAUGGAAUUAAUGCCAGAUCAUUUUAUGCCUAACAAAUAUCUAGUAAUCGGUGAAGUUCUGUUCGAGGAAGAAAAAUUAGUAGUAGUUCAUAUAUACUGUAAUGUUCAGUAA